ACUAGAGUGUUUCCCAUAUCUAUAAUUAAAAAAAUGGUAUUUUUCAAUUUAAAGAGCAUAAAAUUCUGUUUUAAGUCGUACCAUUAAUGUAAAGCACCGAUUGAUAUUGACACUUCCCGAAGCAAAAAACUCUUUAAAGCAAAAAUUGUCUAAGGUCUUAAUAUUGAAUUAGUAUUAUUGAUGUGAACCGAGCCUUAUGACAUUUGACGAUCAUUUCAAUGGUUUUCGAAAUGUCAUAAACGCCGCUUCAUUCAUACCGAGAACACAUUAUUUUCGAUAUACGUGCAUUUUGUAUCGAUUUGAUCCGAACUUUCCACACUUGAUCAAUCGAUUGACAAAUUGUUGAAUUCAAGUCACCAUUAAAAAUGGCAAAUCGUUACAAGCCGUCUCUACCAGCUGAGGGAGAAAAGAAAGAUGAGAUAACGACGAUCAAAUGUGCACUAAAAUCAAUAAUUCGGCCGCCAUACCAGCAGGAACUGAUCGGCAAAAUAACUGAUCUAAGUCUACAGGCUACAAUGAUUUGCAAUUUGGGUUCGUUGCUGUUCUUAUUAGAGGUGCAAAAGGCAUAUGAACGUAGGCAUCAACAAUGGUGACUUCAGCUUCUUUGCCAAUAGCGGGGAAGAAAAGAUCAACACAUGUUUUAGUCAAGUGCUAGCAAAGCACAACCCAAAAAAUCCGAAGCCGAAAAAAACACCAAAGCCGAAGCCAAAGCCAGAGCCAAAGCCGGAGCCAGAGCAACCAUCAAAGACCAAACGGAAACCCCGUGGACCAGCAAAAGAAAUUUCACCAAUCGAUCCAGAAUUCAAGGCAAUUGUGGAAGGUCUUGAUGAGGUCCAUCGCUUUGAUUGGCCUAGCAACAAAGAUUUCGGUAAUGGCCUCAAACAUCUAUGCAAUCAAUACAUAGACAACAAUGUCACCAAUUCGCAAACACAUUCGGAUAAACACAUAACCCAAUAUCUGAAGAUGAAAGUGUUUCAGAUGAACACAAAUGAAGCCAUUGAAGAGAAAUACCUGCCAAGUGACAUCGACUGUGUGGUGAAACUCAUUCUCAAGGAAAAGGUCAUCAAAGUGCCAGCUAGUGACCCAAAUAAACUUUAUCGGUGCGGAGUUUUGUAUGACAUCGUCAAUAAGUUGAAUGUGUUCCCGGAAAUCGACCUACAUGAUCUCACGACUAAUUCAAAAAAUUGGUUCAAAGCUGUGCCGAUGUAUCUAUCUAGCAACGCGAGAUAGAAGAAUUUAAUUUGCUGCGAGCACAUCAAGAGCCACCGAAGAAACGCAAAAAGAGAAAGCGCAGAAGAUCGAAGGGUAAGAAAAGAAAGUGGAUCAUCAAACGAAAACAAAUGCUCGACGAUUUGGAAUACCUACCGUGCAUUCGCAAUUUGGUGGUAGUUCCGAUGUGUGAUUUUCGGCGUACGCACUUCAAAAUCGACUCUUCGAGUAUGUAUCAGAUCUUGUCUUCUCAAAAAUUGAUUCCGAAACAGUUAACUGAAGACGGAAAACCAAGUGGAAGAAAUAUUUCAGAAAAGGUUUACAACGAGAAUAAAGAUUACAUAUGGAAUCAGUAUUUUUAUAUGCGUAAAAUUCGGUGGUUUGUCCGCCGCAAAAAGAAAUUUGACUUUUCGAUAAACAGCGAUGGAAUUGCUGUGUCUCUGCAGUAUUCCACCAAAAAGAAGGAGACCAGCAACACAUAAUCGGGCACCAGUCGAUUGGACAUCAUUGACAUGUUGAAGGCGGGCAAAUUCAAAAGAUUGGGAGGUACAGAUUCAGGCAUGCGGAACUGGAAUACCACAACAAUACAUGAAAUUGAUACUUGCAAAGAAAUCAACUUUGUUAAAAAGAGCAAGCAGUUCCAUUGGGAGACAUAUCAAAACGGACGAAACGCAAAAGCGAAGCGAUUCACGAAAAAUUUCAUCGAGAAAGAAAGACAAGAUCGAGAGAAUCGUGAGCUGUACGCAAUGAUGCCAUCACCAAAAGGUUCACAGUGGCUGAGCUAUAUUAAGCAUCGAGUUAAGAUGACCAAACAUGGAAUCGAAGCUUACUCGACUGCAAAGUACACUAUACUCAGCCAUAGACUAGUGGUUAGCGUGCCAGGUUUGUGAGCGUGAGGACACGAGUUCGAUUCUCGGUCAAAUUUGGUCCGGUAUUUUUCCACCGUGAUUCGCUCAGGAAUUAUCAGUGGUUUUAUGCGGAAUAGAUUUGGCCGGGUUUCGGGCUAGUGGAGUGCUUCGGAGGGCACUUAAAGCCGUCGGUCCCGUGUGUGUGCACAAAGAAUAAUGGGUUCAGCAUAGACACACGUAAAAUGGAGUGCCUUUACGUUAGGUUGGUGUCUUGGAUAUGUCAAAUAUCCAAUACGUCAACCGUAAAAAGGUAGUGCGACAUCUCUGGUGAAUAUACCGGUAAACCAGCGAUAUGUGCAUUCCUCCAUUGAAA